UUGUCAUUCGUUCUGCGUUGCACUUUUCAAUGCACGUAAUUCCCACUUUCCAUUGCAAAUUCUCUGCAUCACGUCCCCGGUCGCAAUAAAUUUUUAUUUCUCUCUGUGGGGCGACCCUACCGGAUGGUUGCCGAAGCGUACUAAUCGAACGACGGCUUCACUUGUUUUCAUUUGUUUUUUUUUUAUGAUUUGCUCUGUGUUGUGCUAAACCGCAUAGUGUGUGACAAAUCGGGUGUGUGAAAAUAUUGAAGCGAGAAAAAAAUCGUUGCAGUCGAGUGCACUGAAGCAAAAAUCAAUCUUAUCAGGACGAACGCAAGAGGAAAGAAGCAACUGCAUUUGCAGAUUAUGGUCAGUCUGAUCAGGAGCGUAGGAGCAAACACGAGCAAAAAUUUCCAAACAUUCGUGCAUCUUUUCGAAAAGCAUCCUCUUCAUCAUUUGCUAACUUUUGCCACUCAUAGGCAGGGCGCUUCUUCGAGGACUCAUCGGCGAGAAUGGAUGAUAGUAGCUCGAUGCAGGACCCGAUUCUUGCCACCGAAGAUGACGAUGGCUUCCGGCCGCUGAGAACGGUGCCAGCAUUCAGCAUUCAUUUGCUCAUAUCGAGUUGUAUCUCUGUUGCUGGUGUUGUCCUCGCAGCAACAUGGGAGGACAGUUGCCGCUGUGAAGCUUACUUCAUAAUGUUGUACUUGAGGGCAGCUUUCUGGCUGUUGACCUAUCUCUUCGACCACUUUGUGAAGAACAGACACGAAAAUCUACGACUGGAUGGCUAUCACGAGUUUCACCGUGCCAUCGCUUACCACAAGACCGUGCCGUUGCAGAUUGUUUCGCUGUGGAAUACGUUUCUGCUGGCAGUGCAGGCACUGAUCCAGCACUAUUACGGGGACAAUUUUGCCGAGAAAUGUGCCGUGGCCGGAUUGUUCGUUCCCAUAGUAUACAUCACCAUGUUUUGCUCGCUGGAAACGUUGGUGCUGUGCUUCGUGCAUGGUUCCUAUAUUGCGAAGGUAGUCCACUUCAACCGCGCGGCAGCACCUCCUGAUGCGUUGCAGGGUAGCCGAGGUCACAGUGGCGGCUCACUAGGGCUUACCCAGCGUGGACUGAGCACGGCAGAGCUGUUGGAGAAGCAGGCCGACCUUAUCAGCUACCUAAAGGAUCACAACCUAAAGCUUAACCAAAAGAUCAUGCAGAUGAAUGCCCAAGUCCGGACGGUAACCUUCCCCGGGUAAUGUUAUUUUUUUUGUUAUGUUUCACCUUUUUUUUAAUAUCAUUUCGAUGCGAUGGAGCAAAAUAUCUUGAAUUAAUCAUUGGUUAGCAUUCGAACAAACCAAACACAGGAAAUCGAUUUAAAAAAGCGUUCCGAUGAUAACACGAUACAUCCAAAGGAGUGAUGUAGCAAAAUUUCUUCUCGCUGGAAGGAGAGCAUUUUCUUUGUGUUUUCCACAAUAAAACUAACGUUUGAUUCUGUAUAUACAUUAGAAGAAACUAAACAUUUUUCACUCUUCUACACACGUAUCCGUAUGCAUAAAACAGAAAGGGGGCUAAAGAUUGCAACUGGGACCACAAUCAGCUUGUUUCAAGCCUUGUUUCUAUUGUAGAUCGAAAACCAACACGGACAGACGUCAUGACGUACAGAGCGACAACGAGGACAAUUUUUUCUACUCAUUUCAUAGGUGGGCAGCACCCGAAUAGCGCACUACGAACUCACCUACAAGUAAAAACAAGAAUGUAACUAAUUAUCGACAUUAAUAGUUCACUGAUCCAACUCACACAUUCUUGAUUCUUGAGGAUUCAAUAGAGGGUCCAAAUUUUUCAUCAGUGUAACAAUGAGAUAGUUAUGUUUUCGAUCUUGAGGUUACUUUCAAGCAUGAUAUAGAUAUAUUAUAUUCAAAUAUUAUUCAAACCUACAGGAGCAUGACGGUAAUUUUGAUAUAGAUCUAUGUUUAG